GCAGCUUCCCUUGCCGUCGCCUCGUAACAGUAGCCCUCAGUAAUGCUCGUUAUGACUUGGCAGUGCGCACGCGGAAGGAAUUACAUCGAUGAGUGCAGGCGCGUGUGUGUGCCGUGUUUUUCGUGCUGGAAGUUUUGAGGCCUCACACACGCACACACGCAAGUCUUUUGGGCUUCGCGUCCUGUUCGACCCACGAGCGACCGAGAAAAACAGAAAAUUCGGAAAGGAGGUGUCUAGCGAGCCUGCAGUCUAUGUAUGAAGGCUAUCUCGCUUCGUUUCCUGGCUUGAUGAAGGUGCCAUCCUUUGGAUGGGAGGGAGAAAGAGAAAGUCACAGUUGCGGACGACGACGAUUCGGCAAAGAGGACCGAUAAACAAGAGGACCCAGGUGAAGGGGCGCGUGUCAGCAGUGACAUCAGAUAAAACGGAGUGUGAGGAUUAAAGCCUGUCUUCACUCCUUGGGGAGGUGGGGCUGGCGAGAGUGGUGACCCGCACGGUUUCGUAAGACGAUGAUACAGGAGGCAGCGCCGCCGUGAUUCAUCCUGUGUCAGUACGUCUGAGCCAGGCUUGGAGGGGCGCAGGAAGGUGGCGGCUUACAACGAUGCAAGAUGCUGAAGCGGAUUUUCUCUCGAGCGGCCUGUUUCCCAUAGUAUCCAACACCACAGCCAGGUUGGCCGUGUCACGACUGAGGCACACGAAUUUUUGUUUGGGUUGUUUUCUCCUUUGUUAGUAGUGCGAGUCGGAACGGUGAACGGGAUUCCGGUUCUGUUUAGGAGCGUCACGUGCAAGUGUAUUCAGCGCGCGGGUGAGUUUGGGAGGAGAAAGAAAAGUCGUCAGCGGGGUCAAUGUGGCCCUGUUGCUUCCCCGCUGACAGGUGAGAAAUCGGGUCGUCAGUCAUUUGACCUGAGCCCUGGACGUUUGCCGACGAUUGGAUGAUGAAAACGGUGAAGGUGGUGGCGAUGGAAGAUUAGGCAGGCCUGCGAUCGUUCGAGGGGAGUCUGACUUAUUGUUGAAGUGUCGUGGAUCAUCGGGUCAUGCGACAGACGUGUGUGCGCGCGUACACAGACGCCAGUGACAUUUUGACAAAGCGAGCAGCCUCCACUCUCUUUUCUCCUUUUAACUCAUUGUUUGUCGGUAGCCACCACAACCUGCUUCGUGCCAGAGAGCCCGUUAUGACACUGGCACAGCCAUUGGUUCGAGUGCCGAGCAGGGCACGUGCAGCGGUAUUUUUAAUAUCGCUCUGCGUUUACCAUUGAUUGCGUGCCUUGGCCGAGAGAACAAUUAUUGAUCACACUGCAGUGAUAGCAGCAACGGCGGCGGCAGCAGCAGCAGCAAGCAGCUAGCGGCGACCCAGACACCAGUAGCUGAGAUGCCGCCUUGGAGGGCACGCUCUUGUUGCCGGCGGCCCUGAAGGAAGGAAGAGAAGGAAAGAGAGAGGAACAACGAAAAAUGUGGGCCGCAUGUUGUACUUGUGGAUUGUAGGAGCCGAUGGACACGAGUGGAGUUUUUGUGCGACGGUGAUCCCGCGCGCCCAGUUGUUGUCGUCGUCGUCGUGGUGGAGCAUGGCCGUGGAGCGCGACAGGGCGGUGGAGUACACGCGGGGGAGGUUCCCCGGUCGUGUGACAAUGGAUUACGACAGCUUCGUCGCCGCUGCCGCCGACAACCUGAUGCCGUCGCCCAAUGUGACGCUCAUCUCAGCGCUUGGCUGUUGGCAGCAGUACCCAAUCGCGCGAUGGAGCCGGCUGUGGCGCUUCAUACAUGAGGGCGAGCGGGGAACGUGCACGGAUAUCAUACUGGACCAGGACCUUGACACCACCUCCGAGCUCGACCCGCGGGUGAACAAGUUCCUGAUGGACCGCUCCAUCCUUAAGGUGCACCUUCCCAAUGGAGGCUUUAACAUGGUCAAAUAUGGGGAUGCUACAGAUGUCAAGGACAUCAUCAAACUAGUGGUUGGCCGGCUGGCUGCAGGAGAACGCUAUUUUGCCAGAUGCUUUGCACUGCGGCUUGUGCACAUCCCCACACGCCAAGGCUACUGGCUGCACAAUGACCUCACUAUGUACCAGGUGCGGCAGAAAUAUGAGGCCAAGCAUUUGCCCGAAGAGCUUAGGUAUGAACUACGAGUCCGCUAUUUGCCUCGGAGUUUUCAAGAGCUUUAUUCCAGAGACAAGGUCACAUUCUAUUAUCUCUAUGAUCAGGUUAGGUCAGAUUACAUGAAGGAGCUAGCAGAAAGCAUUGACACAGAUGUUGCCAUCAAACUGGGAUGCAUUGAAAUGAGGCGGUUCUUUAAAGAUAUGCCACAGGUGGCCUUGGACAAGAAGUCCAAUUUUGAGUUUCUGGAGAAAGAGGUUGGACUUAAGCGCUUCUUGCCUAAAAACAUCAUUGACAGCAUGAAGCCCAAAGCUUUGCGAAAGCUUAUACAGAACACAUUUCGGCAGUUUGCACAGCUGAGUGAAUCAGAGUGUGUGUUUAAGUUUUUUGACACGCUCUUCCAAGUCAACAGCUUCAAUCAGGAGCGAUUUAAAUGUGCAUUAGGAUCGGGAUGGAGCAUUGAUGUGGAAAUAGUCAUUGGUCCAGAUGUGGGAAUAAGCUACCUCACUGGAAAAGCUUCUUCGCCAACUCACAUGGCAGAAUUUGCCCAAGUACAGUCCAUCUACACUGUAUCAGGAGACGAUGGAAAAGGCUUGUUACAACUAAAGAUUGCAGGGGCUGCAGAGCCUCUGACCAUCACAUGCUCUUGCCUAGACAUCGCUGAGGACAUGGCUGACCUGAUAGAUGGAUACUGUCGCUUUGUGCAUGAUGUGCAGAAAACAUUGUGGACCAGAAAAGAUUGCCCCAGCUGGAAUGCCUACCAUUCUGGUGAUGAGCGUGACAGAAGCGAAGAUGAAAGCAUUCCAAGAACACCAAGACCAAGUGGACAUCGGCAAAUGGGUUUCGGGCGACAAGAUGACUUCAUGCAACACCAUGAACGGAUUUCCGACUAUGCCGAAAUUGUGGAAGAAGAGGGAGACUAUAGCACUCCAGACGGUCGUCCCCAUUCACGGGCUCUCAACAGGGACAAGACACGUGAUUACGAAAUACAGAGAGAGCGCAUCAAACUGCUUGAGAUACUUGGGGAAGGACAGUUUGGAGAUGUUUACAAGGGCCUUUUUUAUGACAGAGAUGGAGUACAGGUACCAGUAGCCGUCAAGACGUGCAAAGAAACCAGUGAAGAAUCAAUGACAGAAAAGUUCCUUGAAGAAGCAUAUAUCAUGCAGCAGUUUGAUCACCCCCAUAUUGUUAAACUUAUUGGCAUAUGCUCAGAGAGCAGGCCUGUAUGGAUUAUCAUGGAGCUUGCAAAGCAUGGCGAGAUGAGGGCAUACUUGCAAAACAACAAACCACGCCUUGAUCUUGUAAUGCUUAUAAUGUAUGCAUAUCAACUCAGCACUGCCCUUUCAUACCUAGAAAGCAAAAAGUUUGUACACAGAGACAUCGCUGCUCGUAAUGUGCUAGUGUCUGCUCAUGACGUUGUCAAGCUAGGAGAUUUUGGCUUGUCGCGAUGGGUUGAAGAGCAGAGUUACUACAAAGCAUCCAAAGGCAAACUCCCAAUUAAGUGGAUGGCACCAGAAUCCAUAAAUUUUCGGAGAUUUACAACAGCAAGCGAUGUCUGGAUGUUUGGUGUGUGCAUCUGGGAAAUCUUGAUGUACGGUGUAAAACCAUUCCAGGGUGUUAAAAACAAUGAUGUUAUUGGCAAGAUAGAGGCAGGAGAACGGCUGCCGCUACCAGUGGGCUGCCCACCUUCUUUGUAUAAUCUUAUGUGCGUGUGCUGGCAGUAUGAACCCUCCAAAAGACCUUCAUUUGCUGAUCUUAAAACGUGGUUAUAUGAGAUUCUGGAAGAGGAGCGGUAUAGGCAAACAGAGGAGAUGCAUAGAGAUAAUCGUCGAGUGCAAGCCAUUUCGUGGGGUUCCAAUGGUUCAGAUGAUGAACCACCACCACCCAAGCCUGCAAGGCCUGUGUAUCCCAUGUCUCCCACUGGUUCUAUACCUAAUCUUAGUUUCAACAGCAGCGCUAGUAGUACCUUGAACCACUGGAACAGCACCUCCCAGCUGCCACUCGGUCAUAGCACACCAGCUGGGCCUUCCCCCAGCACUGACAUCCUCAAGCACCCUGGUAGUUGGUCAGGAUUAGAUGAGCAUGGUCAACCACGCCUCCCUCCUACCAACACCACAAAUGUUUUCAAGGGUUAUUUCCCAUCUGCAACAGGUUAUAUGCAGGUGUCUCAGGUGAACCCUAGCCACACCAAUGACCCACACCUACACUUUCAGUCCUCUGUGCCUGCUUUAAGUCCCUACUUCUCCUCUGGUGGCAUCACACUUGCUCCUACACCUGGAGGCAGUGCCUCUACCUCAGGUGGCCUUGCCUACCCUACCCAGGUCACAGUGCGCAAUGGCACUACUCGCACACCUAACAUGUAUCCCCAGGCAUUACCAAGCUAUCCCAAAGGCCAGACUGGCAGUAGCAGGGAGGCUGAGAUGCAAGAGAUGAUGCGUGGUGGCACGUACCAGCCCCAGUCACAACGCAAUUCUGUCCUUUCUGGGCGUCGCUCUCCUACUCAAAACUCUGAUUAUGUUCACCAUAGACAUGUUGCCGACGUAGAUGAGCAAGUAAUAGAGGAACGACUUCGGCAGCAGCAGAAGGAGUCAGUAGAAGAUGCCAAAUGGCUGCAAGCAGAGGAGAAAAGCUUGAAGCGUGAUCGUGAUCGGAAGAUAUUAACUGACGACAGUGACAGCACAAAGGAAAACUCGCCACCACCGCCUCCUCCCUCUCACCCUUCUCAACCCCCACCCCCACCACUUCUCAUCCAACAGUUACAGGCCAUGACAGUCAGGCGCACUUCCACUGACAGCAGAAGCAGCAGCACAAGUGACUCCACUGAUGGGGGAGGAGCUGUUCUUAUACAAAAGUCACAGCAAAGCCGAGCAAAUGACAGUGUGUACGAGCUGACAACAAGUGUUGUGCGGGCUGUAAUGACCAUGACAAAAGAAGUUCCCAGUGUUCAGAGUGACUGCUACUUGGAGAUGGUCAAGAAUAUUGGUCAGACACUAAGGGGACUGUUGGCUAGUGUGGAUGAAAUAUGUUCACAGCUUCCUGUGGAAAAUCAGAAACAGAUUGAGAUGGCUCAGAAAGUACUGAGCACGGACAUGGCCUCACUAGUCAGCAGCAUGAAACUAGCACAGCAGUACAGUACAACACCACUGGAUGCUGAAUAUCGCAAGCGUAUGCUCAAAGCAGCACAUGCCCUGGCCAUGGACUCCAAGAACCUCUUGGACACUGUGGACGCUGCCCGUGCUGCUCGAAACAGCACAAUGAGUUGAUGGGAAAAUGUGGAGUUCUCAUUGUGUGUACUACUUUGAUCUUACCUUGUAUGCCCAAGACUGCCAGAUGCAAUCGCCUAAAGGGAACCAUGGAAUUAAGUUCUCCUGGAACCAGGGCUUGAUUGUUUUUUUGUAACUAUUAAAUGGUACUUUAUGUAAUGAAUGAUGCUUGAAAGUCUCAUUACAUUUUAAUGUAAAGGAGUAUGGCUUCUGGCAAGUAAGUGGUUUAAAGUAAGAAACUGUUCUUGAAAUGUGUGCAUAAUCAAGCCCUGCUGUUCACAAGAUGGCCCACUUCUAUUUGAAGUAUGGAGCAAAGGACAAUCAAAUGUCCUAAAGUGAUAAACAGAUUGUUUUUUGAUCUUAACUCAUAUUGCAGGUUGAGUUAACUUUGGUAUCUUGGUAUAGUGAAGUCUUGAUACAAAGAAUAUGCUCUGAAACAGCUGUUAAAAGCUCUUAGAAUUUCCACUUAAUGCAUUUCCUUCACCCAGUAACUUCAUGGGGACCACAGAACUUGCUUCUUCCACAGAGCCGAUCAUCUCAAGUCAGUAAGAGAUCAGCCAGAAGGUACAUGUAAUGAGCUUGGCUGUAUGAUGACUUCCCAUUGGAUGAGUUCUUUUUGAUUCUAAAUUUCUGCAAAUGCUUACUUUGCUGUGGUGUCAAGAAAAGAAUGCUUGUGUGGAAGUCUUCUUCACCUUCUCCCACUCUCUCAACUUAGAAGUUUCCACUGCACCUGUUGAUUGGCUGCUCUUUGCAGGGGGAGAAAGACAGGCGCAGAUGUCUGCUUCUCAUAAGGCAACAUCCCUAAGAGAUCUUAAUAUCCUGCAUGUUUGUUAUCACUGUAGUAGAGAGUGUUGUUAGUAAAAUGGCUAAUGGUGAAAAUUGCUUGGCAGUAGCAGGAGCUAGCUUGUACUUGCAUGAAUGCUAUUUUUGCCACGGUGAUAGUGAUCCCAUUUUCCUCCUUAUCUUUGCUCCCUCUGGAAAUGUGUGCAGGCAACCAGGUGUGCUGUAUAUCUCCUCUGCUUGAUGCACAAUCCUCUCAUCCAAGACUGCUUAUUGUAUAUUCUUAAGUUCAAAAACAAAAAUGGCAGCAAUGUAAUGUUGACUGUGUGAUGUUUCUGCUUGAUGUUUACCAUUAUAUGGCCUGACAAGGAGUAAGGUCAUCUGUGCACAUUCAGUCCUUUGUCUUGUGUGGCGUAAUACAAAUAAGUGUUCUCUUGCAGAGCCCUUUGUUGUUUCCUUAAGAGAAAUAGGAAUGUUGAAAUUUAUGAGGUGCUGACUGUACAUAGCCUAACUGGUGCAAUCCACAAGACAGUUGAUCAGAUCUUUCAAACUGAAUUUGUUGUACAAUUUUUUAAAGCAGUGCAAAUAAUAGUGAUAAUGCUACAAAGGAAGUAGUGUUCUAGAUGUCAAUAUUAUUUAUAUUUGCAAGUUCUAUGUUUAAUUUGACACUUGUGAAGUGGUAGAACAGGGUUUUUUAUGCGUGUAGGGUUGUUGAUAAAUUUUGGUACUGUUUCUCCCUUGGAAUAUUUUAGCAAGUUCUUAGAUGACUUGCAGCCUUGUAUAUGAGACACAGAAACACAACUGAACACAUGAAUGUUGCUUUAACCAAAAAGCUGAAAAUUAUUUUUUAGUUUUGCUUUUGAGAGCCAUUUAAUGGGGUGGCAUUUGUAUGCAUGCAUAUGUGUAUGAACUUUUAUGCAUGCUUUUGCUGAUAUACAUCUGCAUUAGGAGUUAUUUUCCUUCCUGGUUUUGUGGUUUAAAUAUUUUAGACUAAAUGUUGACAUCUGGCUCAGAAUCUUUGCAUAAUUGUCUCACACAGUUGAGCUAAAGCCUUGUAUGUCAGAAGUGAAUUAAAAGCCUGCCAGCUUACAAAGCAGAUGAUGAACUAAGAUGCGGUGCUGAUGGCCCUCAUGGAAUUCUCUCUCAUGAGAAUGCCAUAAUACCGUAGUUGUCCAAAAUGUAGCGACUGCAAGAAAAAUCUCUCUGUGUUUGCAAUUGAAUGAAGGUAUUGCCCCCCAAAGAAAGAUCGGAUUAAAACCACAGAUUCAUAAAGGUAAUUUUUUUUGUGUGUGUUCACGUUUUUCUGUUGAAUUAUUUUGUUGUCAUUUUCUCCCUGCAGGCCCAGCACACUUCCGCGCUUCCUCCACAGUCGAAUAAUAAUGUUUUGAACCAAUUCCAGCCACACCUUCACCAUUCCCAAACACUGGUGGCUAAUGUUGAUCACUAAAAGAGACAGUGGGUCUCUUUAGUUGAUUGUUUCAUUAUUUUAUUUCUUUAUUCCUUUUUUAUACUCUUUUUGCAAACAGUUUUGCCUGGUUCUUGAAAAAUCUUAACAUUCCUUUUGGGUUUUUUUCAGUUUAGUCUUUUUGCUUACAACAACAGCUAUACAUGUUACAUAAUGCAUUAAAAGUCAUAAAAAUAUCUCAUGGAAGUCAAUUUUGAAGGGUCAUUCUUUGGUGGAGGUGGGGUGUGUGAGGGAAACAACAUGGUAUAUUAAUGCAAGAUCAUGGUUAAGGAAAAUGUCAUUUUGAACAUCACAGCAAAGAGCACACCAAGAGUGACCACUUAGGCUAGAAAAUGAAGCUGUGCUGACCAGGAUGUAUCCGCUGCCACGCCCACCUUCGACAAAUAUCAGCAAAGUUAAUUCCAUUGGUAUCAGUGUUCAAAAAGUAUGAAAGCAUGUGCAUGCAUGUGUCUGUUGCCGUACACGAUUGUCAGAACAAAGGCGCAGCACACCUGAAUCUAGCCGCGUUUGCUUGUCUAAAAGGUGCGUGGUCUGGCUUCAAGCUCUCAUAUAACAGUGGUCGCUCUUGGUAUCCUCCUCGAUCACAUCUAAUAUUUUAUAUUUGAAAAUGGUAAAAACUAUUGUUCCAAAAAGUGAAAGUGGACUUGUGAAGACUUCUUUUUUUUAAAACAAAAACUUGAUUAGAACUUAUUCUGUAGAGUCAGCUGUGUGUGGGAAUUACGUUUGACAGUGAUGUCAACAAUAAAUUAAAAUGAGAAAUUCAGCAUCAUCCUUGAACUUGCAUCUAAUUGUUGUUUUUAUCGUUCUUUCACAAGUGGAGGAAAUGUGGUAGAUCACUAAGGGUGCAUGAAAAGAACCUUCAAGCCAUGGUCACUCUCCCCAAUUUACAAAAUCACUCCUGUGGAAAAAUAGUCAUAUAAGUAAUCUUUUUUUAAGUUGGCAUUGUCAAGUGUUUUUAUUUGGGUUUUUGAACUAAUUUUGUCCAGUUUUCCCUAGAAUGAUCAACUUUUUUAAAAAUGAUAACACCUCAAGUGGCAUAAUUAUGACAACCUAACUUGGCUGCUCUUUAGCCCCCUUAGCACGACUUAAAAAUAUAAGAUAACGUUUAUAACUGAAGAUUGUGAAGACAAGGUUGAAGUUUGUUUCUUUAUUACUGCUGCUCUGAGGUAAACAUUAGACCAAGAAACCUAUACAGUUUUGGAAAGAAGAAAACUUGAACUUUGCAAUAUAAGUAAUGAAAAUGGCCUUCUCCCUGAUUCCUGACAAAGCCACAAUCGUGGCCAAUCGUGCUAAGAGGGUUAAAACCACUUAGUUAUUCAAGGACACAGAAUUCACAAGAACAUGUUUCAAUGUGACAUGGUCCAAGGAUGUGAAAAAAAAAAAAGGUAAAUUCAUGAACCUUAAACAUAUCUCUACUGGGCCAGUUUAAGUCCUUAAGGUAUCUGUUGUCAAACAUAACAUGUUCAAUACCAUUUUAACAAUAAUUUUAGGUACUGGUACAUGCACAAAUUGCUUGGACUACUUACUAAAUAUCUUUGUAUUUGUAGCUGUUUUACACAAAUAGUCUUAAACUAUCAGUUUUCAUAUACAUGUGGCAUCAAACUAAAAGAUGCAGAAAUGUAGCUGACAGUUGUAUCAAACAAUUUUUGCGUUAUUCAAGAUAAAGGAGACAUUUUGUAAUGAAUGUUUCAAGGAGUGAAAUGUGAAAUUUUAAUCAAAUGUUUUAUCUGUGCUUGAUAUGUCAAAAGGAAUUCUAAGUGACUUUCUAUAGUUGAGGUUCACAUUCCUGUAAGAAUUGGCUUUGAUAAACCACCACAGAGCUUGGUCUUUACAAGAGAAAGGCCAGGAUUGCCAGGCAUUCCUGAUGCCCACAUUUGAAACCAGUAUUUUCUUAGUCAUAUUUGAAGCAUGUGUCUUGUCUUCCCUUGUUCGUCGUUUAUGUCUGCACCUGAGUGAAGAAAUUGGCUCUGGUAUGAACACCAGUUUGUGUGAUGAGCUUACUAUAUGUGUUAUUUCCCACUGUUGCACAUCUAUAAAGAGAAAAAUCACAGCAACUUAUGCACUUGUUAAUAGAUUUCUUUUUCACGUGCAAACUUGUUUGCAAAAUCAUGUAGUGAUGCAGAGGUAACUGACCAGCAGAAGCUACUAUCAUUCACUUUUACUGCCAUUUAUAAGCCUCUAAUACUCUUUAACUCGCCUUUUAUCUUUUGUGCACUGAGGCAGGUACUUGCACCCUUUUUGCCAUCCAUCUCAGCGUUCGAUGGACCUCUGAUUCCCGUGUGCAAUCUCUUGUUCAUCAACUUGUUCUCUCCGCUGGUCCUGCUUCUACUUGGUGUGCUUGGGUUGUGAUUUCACAUCAUGCCAGAGAUUACUACACAAAAGCAAACAUUAUUUUUCCAUGACUUUUUUGUCUUGUUCAAAAUGUUGACAGCGAACAAUCCACAGAAAGACUUGUUACAGCAUGAGAAUUGUGCGCUUUGAAAGUAUAGUUUUCAUAUUGCAGAUUGUGUAUUAUAGAAAUAUUUUUGGGAGACAUCUGUGGAGGUUUAUUGUUGUUCUGAUGGGUAUUACUAGAGAUGUGUGCAUGUGUAUAGCAGACAACAUUGUCAGUACUGACUGGUUCUCAUUCUCUCAGGAAGGAAAUUUCUUGCUGCAUGCAUGCUUUAUAUUAUGACUAUUUUAAUAAUAAUAGUCCAUUUGAAACACAUCAGUUCUGAAACUUUUGUGGCUUAACCACAAUGUUUGCAUUCUGUGUAAAAGGUUUCUCUAACAUUUUUUUCUUUUGUGUGGUAGAUGUAGCAGUGAAGGAAGAAAACAUUUUUUAAACUGAUUCUGAGCAUUUUUUUUAUUAAACUUUUUGUAGGAUUUUUGUGACCUAUACACAAAUGGCUUGGUCAAGAUUUCCAGAAGUGUAAGGCAAGAUUUACAUGAGAAAAUUCUUAUUUAUUCCAAAACAGAUACUAUCACACUUUUUUCUGUACAAGGGAAUAUAAAUCUUUUAUUCUUGACUACCGACUGUACAUAAUAUUUAUUACCUGCUGAAAAGUUCAUGUAAAAGACUUAAUAUAAGAAGUACUCUGAAGUGAGUGUGCUUUCAUCUGUGUUGAUCUCUUUUUUUUUAAACCCCCCCCCCCAUUCUUUUUUUAUUGAACCUCACCUUUUAACAAGAAGAAAAGAAAGUGGAUUAGUUGGCAAAAUGCAUGCUCAGUUCUGUACAUAAUGCUGUGUACAAUAUUGAGCCUAUUGAGCGGUAUUUCUUGUGUAAGGACAUGCAAAUACAUGCUAUGAAAAUAAAAAUUGCAAAAAAUUCUC